AUGGCAGAGAUGAAUGAUCUGGUGGUAAUUGGUGCUGGUCUGUAUGGCCUCAUGGCCGCGAAGACAUAUCUGGAUGUUCACCCCCAUGCUACUGUGGAGCUCCUUGAAGCCAACCAAUCUGUAGGAGGGGUGUGGGGUCGUGAUAGACUCUGCCGUGGGGUCAAAACAAACAGCAUAGCGGGCAGUUAUGCUUACAGCGACUUCCCCAUGUCUGAGUCUCGCUUCGGGGUAAAGUGGCAUCAGCACGUGCCAGGUGAGGUGGUGUACAAGUACUUUGGAGCCUUCGCAACUCAAUUCGACCUCCACCGACGUAUUCGUCUGUCAUGCUGUGUUCGAACAGUGGAGAAGUGUUCUGACGGAUCCUGGUCUAUCUCGGCCACUGAAAACGGUCAACACGUCCAGGUCAGCACGCGUCGUCUGAUCGUAGCAACAGGGCUAGCUUCAGAGGCUGUGAUGCCCGAGUAUCCCGGGUCCUCCUCGUUCGAACGUCCAGUACUGCACUGCAAAGACUUGGCCAGCCAUCACGAACUGUAUCACACGGCAACAACGGUCGCUGUCGUCGGAGGAUCCAAAUCCGCCUGGGAUGCUGCCUACCAGUUCGCCUCGCUGGGCACCCGGGUGCACUGGAUUCUCCGCAAGUCCGGACACGGUCCUGCUCGUCUCCUCCCAGCGCAGACCACCCCAUUCCGUCUUUGGAUGGAGAAGAUUGUCACCACGCGAUUCAUGACGUGGUUGAGUCCCUGCCCCUGGGACGACGCGGAUGGGUCCGGCUGGAUGCCCCGGUUCCUGCAAAGGACGACCGUGGGACAAUGGGUCUCGCGGCAUCUUUGGGCCUGGUUCAGCACCACGUGCCUCCAGGAUCCGGCCCUCGUCCGCAACGCCGAGACCCGCAAGCUUCAGCCCCAAGCCAGCAACACGCCCUUCUCCCCGGCCGGCGGCUUCAGCGCCCGCAACUACCCACCGGACUUCUUUCAGUAUAUCGACAGCGGCAUGAUCCAGAUCCACACGGCGGAUCUCGACCAUCUCGCCCCCGCGGGCGUGAUUCAACUUCAUGACGGACCUGCCCUACAAGUCGACGCCUUGGUCGUCUCAGGUGGUUGGCAGCACUGGCCCACCAUCAAAUUCCUUCCCGGCGAGGUUCACGACAAGAUGGGCUUCCCGCGCACCCGGGGCGCCCGCAACCCGCAGGCUGAGCGCAUCGACCGGGAGAUUCUCCGUCAAUUCCAGUUCCUGAACAAUGGCAUCAUGGACAAAGAAGCUACUGCUGCUGCCGCUGAUGCUGCAGACACUGCGGCCACCCUCCCUCACCGCGAUGAUGCCCCCUGGCGACUCUACCGCUUCAUGGUGCCCCCCGCAUUCAUCAAUGACCGGAGCAUUGGGUUCGCCGGCUUCGUAGCGACGACCCUCAACACUGUGUGUGCGCAAACUCAGGCCCUGUGGCUCACUGCGUAUUUCAGUAGUAGUGGUGACCGUCGGAAUGGUCUUUCCGAUGGGGAUGAUGCCAAACUCCCUCUGCCAGCUGGUCGGGGGACACCCGAACGGAUCUGGCGGGACACCUUGGUGCAUUCGCAGUUCUCGCAGUGGCGGUAUCCCGGCAGCUUUGGGCAUCGGUUCCCAAUUUGCUUUUACGAGGGCUUGCCAUAUGUGGAUUUGUUGCUGAAGGACCUGGGGUUACGCUCGCCUGGCAGACCCCCAACACCGCCAACGGCUUCAUCUCCAGAUGCGUCCGACACUGACGACGUGAUCUGCCAUCUAAGUGCCACAAACGCCAAAGGCCACGCCGUCGUCGCCGCCGGAGACAAGAUCAGCAUCCAAUGGACGACCUGGCCCGACAGCCACCACGAACCGGUCAUCAGCUACCUCGCCGACGGCGGCGCUAGUUGCUUGACGGUCGACAAGACGACCCUGGAGUUCUUCAAGAUCGACGGCAUCGGUCUGGUGGACGAGAGCAGCCCACCCCCCCCCAGCAUCUGGGGCGACGACGAGCUCAUCGCCAACAACAACUCCUGGCUGGUUGGGAUCCCGUCCACCAUCGCCCGGGGGUACUAUGUGUUGCGCCACGAGUUGAUUGCUCUGCUUGGCGCGGGCAGCGAGAACGGCGCUCAGAAAUACAUGUCAACCUCCAGGUCACGGGGACCGGCACUGUCCAGCCGUCAGGCGUACUGGAUACGGAGCUGUGCUGUGGGGAAGGAGCAGCACCUGGAGGCAGUCAUUGGCGUUGGGGCAAAGAUUGCCACGAACUAG